GUGCUGCUUGUUUCUGCUUCGUUGGAGGCUGUCUUGUGAUCCAAUUCGCCCCGUGGAAACUGACCUUGUUCCCCCACAAUCAAUCAUAGCCGCCACACGUCGAUUACCUGUUCCUCUUGGAUGCCCAAUCAGGCAGCUAUUUCCGUGUGAAGUAUAGGUAUAUUUCUCCUUCAAUUCUCGCUAGAUACAUUAUCCCCACUGUGAGACGCAAAACAAAUCCAUAUUCUCCUCUUACAGAAAGCCUUGGCCCUAAAGGAUAUUAUCAUCCCUUCGUUGCUUCUCAAAGCCACUCACAACUUGCAAAUACUGUCUUCAGAAUGGCUUACAAGUGUCCAUCUUGUGGAUACGUCGCUAAUGCUGCCUUCUCGAGAAUGCAACUCAGCAAUGUUAUUUGUGAUCAGUGCCACCUAUCAACAUCAGAUGCGCUGCUCAGAACCCAAGACGACCUCGUAAUCCAGUUUGCUGCCUACAGCAUUGGUCAUGAUGACCGACGAGUUCCGGCAGACGAUAGUCUCGUAAUUAAACAUACACCGUUCGCAUCCUCUGCAGCGCAUACUAUCCGCAUACUACCCUCCCACUCAAAUGCGUCCAUAUCACAGGGAAAUACGGCCAACAGCGGCAGCUGGCCAGCCGAAAUAUUUUCAGGUGAUUAUGGAUCUCCAUCUGGCCCAACUCAUCCAAUGGACAACCAGAUGAACUACCGCCAGGAAACAGCCAUGGCCGAAGAGAGAUCAGAACACGGGGGCAAAGACAAAUCGCAACAUGUCGGCACAGUUGAUAUUGAUAUGACUGCCGCAGCGGAUACGUCGGAUCUGUUUUACGAGAAUGCUGCGGCCGAACCAUACAUGUUUCUUGGUUAUGGCAGCGAGAGCAGAAGCGGUGGCAGCUGGGAUCGCAGAGAGUUGCCUCAAGAUGUUUGGUCAAGGAAACACGCAACUAGCAUGUCCUACAGGCCGUGCAAUGAUCCAGUCUUCAAUAGGCAUCAGUGGUGGGAAUAGCUUCAGCAUUCAGCCAUUCGAAGAGGGAGGACUGCACAGUCGCCCUUGAAGUCACCCUUCAAGUAGUGAAUAGCUGAAAAUAGAUUAAUAUCCCACCUGUACAUAACAGUGACAACACUUAUAUGCAUAUUAUAGACUCAACGUAGGUCGAGCGGAGGCAGAUGAAGCCGGCAGAUGUGAGUGAUCCGAUUGUCGUCGCUUAGGGCCAGGAGCUCCGAGAUGCGGAGAAAUUCCAGGUCGGCUUCCCGCGGGCGCGUGGUGUUAUUGGGUGCCGGAGGGUGGCAUUUCUGGCGUUGUCGCAGCAAGGGAAGGUACAUCGGGCGGAUCCCGCGGUCAUUUCCGUCCUGCUUCUUUCUCUC